GGGCUGUGACAGUUUAAUGCCUCAGGACUGAAUUGCUGAGGAGAAGUUGAGUGGUGAUGGAUGGCCUGAGGAACUCUGAAACCUGAAGACUUUACCGUGCCAUGUCUCCCAGCCUAGAGUAAAACUUCCCUGGGUACUAAUGGAAGCAUGUAAAUAGAAACAGAGAUGAAGGCAUCCGAUGUGGCGGGGGAACCCAGCAGUGGCUGCGUCAGGGCCAGUGACCAGCACAGCAUCAGGUAGCCCCCUGGCUGGAAAAGGCUCGUCUGUCCCUGCACAUGGCGACACACGAUGAUUUUGCAGCAGCUAAGUACCGUACCCCAGUUGCUGUCUACUGCGGCAGCAUCCCCGAAGUUAAACCCAGAUGCCGAGCGCUGCGAGGAGGAAGCAUCGAUUCCAACUUGCAGCUUUGUGGUAGCAGGUGGACCACAGCAGAAGAAGCUUCUCUUCAGCCCGUAUUAAAUACCCAGGUGAAGAAGCAGCCUUGUCUAUGGGACGGAGAUUGGAGGCCUCCAUACGCCAGGGCCAUUUCUCCUCUGGAGGGCUGGGACAGCAAUAGUAGCCUGGAAAACCUUGACACUGGGGCCGGAGGUGACCUCUCGCAGGUUCCUAGCCCAGCCUUGAAACAGGACCCCAGAGAAAGGGAGGUGAGCAGCGCUGCCACGGAAACUACUCAGAUCAAGGACAAGCUGAAGAAGAGGAGGAUGUCUGAGGGCCUGUUAGUGCCGCAGAGAGGCCUCUUGGACAGCAGUGACUCUGCAGGGCCUGCCUUGAAGCCAGCUGUUUCCAGGUCAGCUUCCCAGAGGCUCCUGGUAACGUCCAAGCCCAUGCCGCCCAUCCAGCAUGGCCCCCCAUCCCCCGAGACUGGCGAGGCUCACCUGCAGCCCCAGCAUUGCAGUGAGGAGGAGGAGGAGGCAAGGAAGCUGCAAGGGGUGGCUGUGGUUCCCCCCAUCGCCAAGUCAGCAAGCGCACUGGAUGGAGGUGCUGGCAGUGCUGUGGGGCCUCCCCUGGGCUGUCCACAGCCGCUUUCACAAGAGCCGUUGGAGGCAAGGCCAAGAUCAAGCAGCAGAGCUGAGGAGAAGACCCUUAAACCUCUGGAGCUCAGGACGCUGGAACCUGUCCUGCCUGUUCCCCACCACUGCAUCACUGGGGGCGCAAAGUCUGCUGGGCACUUGUCCGAAUCUCUGUUGCCAUUCACAGGCCUCCCCCUCAGCUGGGCUGCGGGGACGGAUCAUCUUGCAAGCCCUGGCCUCAUGAGGGCCGGCGACUGGAAGGAGAGCAACGGAAGGAUCCAUGUUACCAUAUCCAAGUCAGCUCAGGAGAAAAUGCGCCAGAAGCAGAUGAGAGAGAUGGAGCUUCUGCGUAAAGAGAGGGAGAGAGAGAGAGAAAAGGAGAAGUCCUUGCAGCUCCACAUGCAGAAUGCUGACCCUGUGUGUGCUGAUGAAGAAGGCUUUGGCCCCCUGCACAUCAACGGGAUGGUAUCCGUUUUGCCCAGCACGAGCAAUGUGUGUAGAACUGGCAGUACCACACUGAAGAAGCGGGUCAACAGGCCAUCCUUGCCCAACAUCCCCUCCAUCAGCCAGGACAGCAGCUUCCCGCGCCAUGCCUCAGCGAACUCACUGCCGGCCAUCGCCCUGGGCUGCCCGGAGUGGGGAGAGGAGCCCGAAUGUGGGGACACCUCGGCAGCAAGACCCUUCUCUCACCCGGAGCAGGGGCUGGGCGACGCGCUGGGCUGGCUCGGCAGCAGCGACUGGCAGCUGAAAGGGAAAGGGCUCUUCAGCAUCAGACGCCUGGCUAUCUGCCACUCAGAAAUCCUUCUUUGCAGACUUCAUGAUGUUUCCUUGGCAGUUACCAAAGAGGUGAACAACCUCCGCUCGAAGGUGUCUCGAUUUGCAAUCGGCACUCUUGGAGAGCUCUUCAGGACCAUGAAGAAGCACAUGGACCAGGAGGUGGAGGAGAUUGCUCGGGCCUUGCUCCAGAAGGCAGGAGACUCCAGUGAAUUCAUUCAGAAAGCAGCUGAUCGAUCCCUCGGGAUCAUGGUGGGGAGCGUGACUCCCGCACGGGCAAUGGCUGCUCUCAUGGCUGGUGGGGUCAAUCACCGAAACACCCUUGUCCGGAGGUGUGCUGCUGAGCACUUGCUGACCGUAACAGAGCAGAUCGGAGCCGAGAGGCUGCUGUCGGGCUCCCGUGAGAGCACCGAGCUGCUGGUGCAGGCACUGGUGAAGCUUGCUCAGGACUGCAACCAGGACACGAGGUUUUACGGACGGAAGAUGUUGAACAUAUUGAUGAAUCAUCCAAAAUUCGAUGGGUAUUUGAAACAGUCUCUCCCAUCACAUGACUUGCGAGAUGUUAUGGCAACAAUUAAGCAGAAAGGGAUAGAAGACCAUAUAUCUGAACCUCCAUCUGCCAAAGGCUGCAGGGAGUCUAGGAACAGCAGUUUGGUGACGUCCCAGGACACCUUGCCUUCUGACGAAGGGUCCAGCUCUGAUGUCCUCAUCUUACCCCGUCAGACAGUCCGGCGUAUGUCACUUCGCACUGUGGAAGAGAUUGAACAACUCAAGGAGCUUAACAAACUCUUGACAGCCAAGGAGUUUCAGACACGGAUGGAGGGAGUUGUGGUCCUCCUAGAUCAGUGCAAAAGCAACCCCCAGCUCAUCUCGGCAAACAUUGUCCAGAUUUUUGAUGUUUUUGUCCUGAGACUUCAUGAUUCCAACAAGAAAGUGAACCAGCAGGCGCUCGAGUCCCUUGCUGCCAUGAUGCCCCUCCUUGGGGAUGGCUUGCACCCAGUGCUGGUCCCUAUGGUAGCAGCAGUCACUGACAACCUGAACUCUAAGAACAUGGGGAUUUACGCAGCAGCUGUGAAAGUGCUGGAUGCGUCCAUCGCGCACCUGGAUAACGUAUUGCUGCUGCAAGCGUUUGCCAACCGAGUGCGUUUCCUCAGUGGCCGAGCCAUGCAGGACGUCACCGACCGGCUGUCAGUGCUGGUGGGAUCCAUGUCCCGGCGGAGGCGGCCAGCGGUCGAGCGCUACGCCCUGCCCGUCCUCUGGCACCUGCUGGGCAGCAUGAUUGGGAACGGCGUCCUGCCCGGCCGCGGCGGGAACGUCCGGAGUGCCGUCGCCCGGCUGGCCGGCAGCCUGCAUGCCGAGAUGGGCGCCAGCCUGGCCGAGCGCGCCGCCGGCCAGCCCCCGCACGUGGCCAAAAACCUCCGCGAUGUCUUGGAGCUGCAUCUCCGGUGAAGGGGGCUCAGUGCUGCGGAGGGACGCCGCAUGGGGAGGGUGGAUGUGGCACCAGCGGGGGUUCAUAGCUCUGGAUGUACAUAGUAUAUUUUGAAAUUGGCUUUAAAAAAAAAAAGAAAAGAUGCAUAUUUUUCAAAGGUUUUAUUUCUUGAGCUCACGUCCGCCAAGAAGCUUAUGUAGGCGCAAAAAAAAAAUUGUGUGUAAAUGCCAUUUGUAACUGUAAAAAAGAAAAUAAUAUAUAUAUACACUUACGGAAUAAGAGAUGGGCUUAUGUACAUACUUAGGGAGUGAGCGGGGGGCCUUGGAAAUGCUGGGGCUGGAGGAUUAGCUGGCUUGGCUCUGGGAGCAGAGGGGAGAGACAAGUUCCUGCUGACUGGGGGUAUAAAUUAGGGUUAGGCGAGGGAGCACAGCUCGCUUCAUUUGCCCAUACGGGCCAGGGUGCCUGUACAAGUCUCCUGGCAGGGCCAGGGGGCUACAGCCCUGCGUAGGGGGCGGCGAGCGGGCCAAGGGCGUCAUACGGGGACUGGGGAGAAGUAGACCGCGGGCCAAGGUGUAAUUUUUUAAUAUAUAUAUUUUCUCAAUGUUUUUAUUUCUGUCCUGGGAAAAGUGAAUGGUUUGCUUUACACGUGGACCAAAAAAGCACUGCUGGAAGUGAGAUUCAGGAGGAGGAGUGAGGAAGGGAUGUGCCCUCCUUCACUGUUCGGUGGAAGCAGGGGGAGAAGGAACAGAGACCCGAGGCAGGAGGCACGCUGGACCCACGGAAUUAGAAUUAGGAGAAGGACAACGGGCUGUUGGCAGAUGCGAGGGCCUUGUACAAAUUUGGGAGGCCAAGGAAUACCCAGGGAGAUCUGCCCAGCCCAAGGGUUUUGGAGUCGUAGGUUAUUUGCUCUAUUUAUUUUAUAUGUCUAAAGCUAAUACAGGCCUCUAACUUGCCAGAUAUUAUCAUUGCAUUUUGGGUCAUCUCUUAAGGAAUCUCCUUGUCUCUUUAGUAGAGUACAGAAGAGGUAAUAGACUCUUCUGGGGAGUUUUAAGGGUGUGGUUUUUCUUUUUGCUGUUGUUUUUUGAAUUCCCGGUUUUUGUUAGCAGGGGGCAUUCAGGAACUUGGAAUUUUCUGCCAAGUUUGGGUGCGUGAUCCAGGCCAGGGACUCGCUCUGAAAGGCGGGUGCCUCCAGGGAUCAUCUGGAGCCCAGUGGAAGCCGCAGUUCUUGGAGAAAUGCCAGAACAUUUCCGAGUUUGGCAUCUCUAGAGGCUUUUCUAAAAGCUAACUAAAAACAGGAAAGGCCUGGUAAUGCACAGUAUUUUUGCGGGAGUGGCAGGGCUGGGAGGAGCGUACUUGUACACAAAAAUGCUGAAGGCGAAACAUCUGAGCAAGUCAGAGGAUGGCUGAAUUUAAAAGCAGACCUUGAGUACUGUCCAUUCAUCAAGGGUGGCAUCUCUUGAGGGCCUCCUUGUUUGGCCUCCUCUGCCUCAGAAGUUGUCCUUGCAGUUGUGCUCCUCUGCAGAUCUCUCCCUCUGGAGCCCUUUAGCUGCUGCUGGGCGCAGGCUGCUUUUGCUCUGCUGAAUGAAUGUGCUUUGGCUUUGCUUCCUCCUUAGCUAGCUCCAGCCCUUGGGAAUGCGGCGGGAAGUUUCUGCACCGAGGAGGAAAAGGCUUUUGUGCACAUCAAAAGAAGCCUCCCAGAGCCUGUUUUUCUGUAUUUAGUUGUAGCACUUGCAAAGUAGGUUUAAAAUGUAACCCAUGUAACUGAUUUCUUAACUCUAUUUGCCUGGAGUGCUGCUUUCAUGUAUAUUGUUACACGUAGUCGGAGAGAAUAAAGUGUUGCCUGCCAGUA